AUGCCCCUAUGGUUUCAACGGCUCAAGGACAAAAAAAAAUCGAGGAGGAGCGAUUCGCGUGAUACCUUGUCAUCAGCUGCGUCGUCGUUGACUAAGUUAUCAGUUCAGUCAUCUACUGGGAACGAAAAUUCACGAAACUCAUCAAUUACAUCAUCGUCAACUGCACUGCCUGUAACAUUACAGAUCGAAGCAGAGCGUGUGCAGAAGGAUGGAUCUCCAAGGCGCUUCUGGCAUGAUGCAGUUCAAAUGCUGCAAGAAAAUCCGAGCCAUCGGGAACUUCUGGAUACGUACCAAAAAAUCUUACAAGCAGAAUCAGAAGCGACACCGUCUAGCGCUAGUGCAGCACCAGACUACUUGUUGAAAACAAUCGACCGUAGUCUUAAGCUUCUCGAUGAAAAGCGUUCAAAAAUCCGGGUGGGCAGUGCUACCGUGGAAGUGAGGGGUGCUCUCAACAAAGUCGCCAAAGCUGCACAGUAUGCCCAGUCUUUUGUUGGCUCGUUGGUAUCGGGAGAGCCUCAUGCGGCCAUGGCCUGGGCCGGUCUGAGCUUGUUUUUGCCCCUCUUGAUAAAUGCAGCUGAGCAACCAAAAGCUCUGACUAAGGGCGUUGAGUACGUUUCCGAAUUACUUUGUCGAUUCUCCGUCACCGAGCGGUUGUAUCAAGAGCAAAUCAGAGACGCCCUGGCUACUGUUCUCACAGAUACUGAGGAGCUUCGGUCAAGCUUUGAGAAAAGUCUUACGGAACUUUACGCGCAGGUGCUGCUGUAUCAAUGUCGCGCAAUAAGCCAGCUGAAUUCCUCGAAAGUGAUUGGUAUUGCGAAAGAUAUGUUCAAAUCGGAGAAUUGGGAUGAUUUAUCCAGCGAGCUCAAAGAGUAUGAGGCGAAGUGCAAUAGAUAUAAAUAUGUCUUGGAUGCGGAGAAGACGGAGAGAGAGUUUCGUAACUUUGAGAAAUAUAUGAAAGGUCUAAAUGAGAUUGAAAUUUCAUUGCAACACCAAACAAAGGAGACUCUCGAAAAUUUCAAACAUGAUCAGGAUUUACAGGCCAACCAACGUCAAGUAGACCUAGAGAAUGCCUGCAUUCAGAAAUUUUAUGUGUCGGCUUAUGAGAAACAGAUGAACCGAAACCCGGAUGCUGUCAAGGAUACUUGUCGUUGGCUACUUGACAAUUCAAAUUUCCAACAUUGGAGAGAUUCUGAAUUGUCUUCUUUACUUUGGGUUUCUGCUGGCCCCGGUUGCGGAAAAUCAGUGGUGUCGAAGAUGCUAAUCAAAGCGCUAUCAAAGACUUCCUUGCCGGGAAGAACUCGAACCAUCUGCUAUUUCUUCUUCAAGGAAGAUGAUACUUUGCAAAGGACGGCAGAAAACGCUUUAUGUGCUAUACUGCAUCAAAUUCUGAGGACACCAGGAAAUUCAAAGCUCGUACGACAUGCGAUUCCACACUGCGACAAGAGCGGGGCAAAUAUUCGUGAAUCGUUUGCUCAAAUGUGGGAGAUUCUGAUGGAUAUUGUGCAAGACGAAGCAGCCGGCGAAAUCAUCUGUAUCCUUGACGCACUCGAUGAAUGCGAAGAAAAAGAGGGCAGCGGCCGCUACAUGCUCAUUGAGAAAUUUCAAAAGUUCCAUAAUGACUACAUAGAGACAACGAAUUCUAGGAACACAUGUUUUAAGAUUCUUGUCACUAGCAGGCCUUAUUUCGAUAUUGAAAGAAAAUUCAAGAGCUUGACAAAGAGAUAUUCUGAAAUUACCUUAUCGGGGGAUGAGGAAUCGGCGAAGAUCAGCAAGGAAAUUGAUCUUGUAAUCGAGGAGAAGAUAAACAUGCUGAGAUUUCAGUUGGAGUUGGACAAUGAAACAACCUCUGCUUUAAAAGAAAAGCUAUUGAGCAUGGAACACCGGACGUAUCUUUGGCUGAGGUUAAUUUUUGAAGUUCUUGAGCAGCAACUCAAGACGACUAAGAAUUAUUUACUUGAAGUUAUUGAAAAACUUCCGGGGACUGUCGAUGAUGCAUAUGAAGCUAUUUUAAACCGAAUUCCGAAGAAUGAGUUCGAAAGAGCGAAGAGGCUUUUGAGCCUUGUUGUUGUGGCAGAAAGACCACUGCUUGUACAGGAAAUGAAUGUUGCUCUUGCCAUCGAUGAGAACCUAACUCAAGAUUCCCAGGCUUCAGCACUCAGUCUUGAUCUAGAACCAGAGGCAGUUUUUCGAGCGGCUUUGGGCAAUAUUUGUGGACUUUUUGUCACUGUUGCCGACUCCAGAGUAUAUUUGAUUCACCAGACAGCUCGUUCAUUUUUGUUGUCUGAUGGAAAGACACAAACAAACACAAUCGAGGGUCCUACUUUUAGAUGGAAGAAUUCUGUAUAUCCAUCUGAGGCUCACCUGCUAUUGAGCAAUAUCUGUAUCAAUUAUUUUCUUUUCUAUGGUCUUGAACGAGACAUAUCUGUCAUUCAAGAAAAUUGGCGGGAAAUCGUUAAUGAAGAUUAUUGGGCAAAGACGAUGCCGGAACGCGCAUAUCUCAUUCCGGAAUAUUCAUUGAUCGCCUACGCCUCCGGAAACUGGUGGAAGCAUCUACUACACACGAACUUGGAACAGGGUUCGCCUAUACAAGAGAAUGCUUGGAUGCUGUGCAACACCAAUUAUGAUUAUUUCCUAAUUUGGAUAAUGGGGGUUUUCUCUGACGAUUUCGCAGAAGAUCUAAAUCUCCUUGACUCAUUAGAAAUCGCCGCAGUCUUAGGUCUUGAUUUUGUAGCCCGGCGUGCUUUUCAAAGUCCAACCCUUUCUUACAGAUAUUCAGAAGCAUUAUACCACGCCGUCAUAAUGACACAUGGGGAUAUUGUCCAGACUAUUCUAGAGGCAGUCAAAAUAAAUGACCUUGAUCGUUUUCUGAUUGCGGCCAUUAGAGUGGAGAGACGCGCUGAUGUAGACACGUUUGGAACAAUAAGACUCUUGGUCAAGCAUGGAGCUGGAAACCAAGAUCUUCGACCAGCUCUCACUACUGCUGCACAGGAAGGUCUAUAUCAUGUUGUUCGUUUCUUUGUCGAUGAUUGUGGGAUAGAUAUCAAUAGUCCUCUCAAUUAUGGAUUGUCAAUCCUAUGCUUACUCCAUCCAUCUUCUGAAUUUGAGGAGCAAAUUCUAUCUUAUCUGUUUGAGCGAGGCGUGGACCCCAACGGCGUACCAGGAAAUGCAAUAACCCCAUUAGAGGCAGCGACUAAUACAUGCAGCUUGAAAAUGAUCAGAUUUUUGCUGGAGCACGGGGCUGAUGUCAAUCUGUCAGGGUCAUCCGGUUGGGGUUCUCCACUCUGUCAAAUCCUUCAAAAUUCAUUCUAUAAUUCAAAAGUAAAGGAAAUGGAUGACUCUACCUAUUUACUGCAACUUUUGGAUUCAAGUCGGGAGAGAGACUGUGUGAUACAAAUGCUUUUAACAGCUGGUGCGGAAACUGGUGGAUGGCCAGAAAAUUUGUCGGAGGCAUUGUUACAGUACAACAACCGCCAGAAACGGCGCGAAAAGCUUGGAAUAUGUAUUGAUACUGGCCUUGAUCUAAAGAAGGUAGCCGAGUCCAGAGUUCAAUUAAGUUUGAAAAAAGAAGCAUGUUCUGGCUCUGUCGCCACUGUGUAG